CGUAACCUCCAUGACAGCUUUGUGCAAUGCGUUGACUUUAGCCCUCUGACCACAUUUCUAUCAUAAAGCAUCAAUAUUUAUUAAUUGACAGAGAGAAAUUGCAUGUACGUUUUAACAAAGCGAUCUGGGACUAUUAAUUACAUCUGAGAAAGUGUUAAUGACUCGUGGUUCAAUGACGAUUGGACAGUAUUACACCAGGCCUACGUGGGUUCCCCGCCAAUUACUGGCACUAUAUAACAGUACUGAACACACACCACUGACGAACUGCCCUUGGAACACUGUAGGAGGCACAUCUGAAACCAGUCUCAGGAAAUCAUCGACAGCAUGACGGGGGUUCUCUUCAACUCAGUUUUUGCCAUUUUCAUUUUACUAACUUUGAUUGGACAAAAACUCUCUGGUGCUGCACCUAUGUCUCCGUAUAUUCCAGAGUCUUCGGACCUUACUGACGAAGAAAUGCAGAGUCUCUUGGUAAAUCAGGAACUAAAACGACAGAUGCUAGAGAACUGGGAGUCCCCAAAACAAUCUGCGGACAGUGAUGGGCCCUAUGUACGAUCCGGUCUGAAGAGACUAUUGGCUCAAAGGCGACUGGUGGAACAACAGAAAAGAUCAGGACGAGGCGGUGUUGCACUUUGUUUAUGGAAGGUGUGCCCAGCAGGUCCUUGGCUGGUAUCACAAAAGAAGUAAGCAAUAUUGUCCAGCAGCAGCUACAGCAGCAGCAGCCGAGAAUGCACCCGACCGAAAGUGAUAUUAUUUCAUUCAUAAAUUGAAAUACGAAUCAAUGCAUGAGACUGGUUUUAUUUAUUGUUUUCGUAUGACCUGAGGGACAACAUAUGUUCAACAACCACAAAAAGAUAAGAAA